UGGAUAUUCUUCGCCCACAGACAGUUUAUAUCACUUCACCUCCCACCUUCCCUAUUCUACCCUCUCCAUUUUCUCACUCACCAAAAUUCCUUUCACUUUCUCUCUCAAUUUUCUUUUCCUUUUCCUUUCCAAAUUUGAAACGAUGAAGUUCGGGAAGAGUCUGAGCAACCAGAUCGAGGAGACUUUGCCGGAGUGGAGAGACAAGUUUUUGUCCUACAAGGAGCUGAAGAAGCGGCUCAAGCUCAUCGAGCCCAAAGGGGGAGACAAUAGGCCUGCCAAGCGCCCUAGGUUGUCCUCUGCCGGAGAUUGUACGGACUGCGGCGGCGGAGGGCCGGCCACCGAGAUGACGAAAGAGGAGAAUGAUUUCAUGGAGUUGCUGGAGGCGGAGCUCGAGAAAUUCAACAGCUUCUUCGUCGAGAAAGAGGAAGAGUAUAUAAUCAGAUUAAAGGACUUGCAAGAUAGAGUUGCAAAGGCCAAAGAUUGGAGUGAAGAGAUGAUAAAGAUAAGGAAGGAGAUUGUGGACUUCCAUGGAGAGAUGGUCUUGUUGGAGAAUUACAGUGCCCUUAACUAUACAGGAUUGGUGAAGAUACUCAAGAAGUAUGACAAAAGAACCGGUGCCCUUCUUCGCUCGCCUUUCAUUCAAAAGGUCCUGCAACAGCCCUUUUUCACCACUGAUUUGCUAUAUAAACUGGUAAAGGAGUGUGAGACACUGCUGGAUCGCCUCUUCCCUGUAAAUGAGCCCCCAACUUCAACCGAGGCAGCUGAUGGGGAUGAACCGUCAACUUCUGCCCAUGCGACGAAUGAUGAUCUCCCCAGAGUCCCCAAGGAACUUGCAGAGAUUGAGUAUAUGGAGAGCUUAUACAUGAAGAGUACCAUCUCUGCAUUGCGGGUUUUGAAAGAAAUUCGGAGUAAAAGCUCUACCGUGAGUGAGUUCUCGUUGCCACCGCUGCAGAUUAGUGGAUUAGAGGAUACUUGCAACAAAAUUCCUGUUGUAGGAAAUAGUUAGAUUUUGUGGAAAAAACCUAGAAAAAUAUAUAUCCAUUCUGUAUUUUUAAUAUAAUUUUGUAUUUUUUUUUUCUUUCUUUCUAAUCAUGCAUGUAUCAAUGUGUAUUGUUAGCUACUAACACUGAUGUAAAAUGCAUAAUAUUCGUCCCAAUAACUUCAAUUAUAGAAUCAUAAGUUUAUUUAUA